CCGAAAACCAGAUCGAACAAUCAAUCGACCUAGUUAGAAAGUCCCCUCAGAAAGUCGGAUCUCCCAUUUGCCAGGCAGCAAACAAUUAAAAUAAGAAGUAAAUAAGAAAACCUCAUCAGCCGUUGAUCUCCGAUCAGAAGCUGAUUUUGGUCGGAAUAAUGAAUUUUCUGCUGCUGCGGUCCAAUCAACAGGGAGCACCAGAACCACCUCCAGUACCAGAGGAGGUGGCGGAGUCAACUUAUGUUUCUAAUUCUGCGAUAACUUUGGAAGGGUUUAUAGCAGAAGAUCCAUUUCCAGAGUAUCCCACAGUUGAAAAUCAUGAUGGACAAACUAAUGGAUUUUUAGGCAAGAAUGCUGGUGUUGCAAGUGAUAAGAUUGCAUCUGUCCAUGAUAACCACAUCGAUGUUUCUGAAGAAGAUGGAUGGAUCACUAUUCCAUAUAAGGUCCUCCCUGAUGAUUGGAAUCAUGCACCAGACAUACGUUCGUUACAUUCCCUGGAUCGUUCUUUUGUUUUUCCUGGUGAACAAGUUCAUAUUCUAGCAUGCUUAUCAGCAUGUAAUCAGGAAACAGAAAUUAUUACCCCAUUUAAAGUUGCUGCAGUGAUGAGUAAAAAUGAGCGAAAGGGUGCUGAGAAACAAAAUGGAAACAUGGAGGGUGAGACAAAUUCAGUGCCUGUAAGAGGGGAAGUGAGUCCUAAUGGUGCAGUAAUGGAUCAGAAUAGUGAAAACUUGGAGAUAGAUAAGACUGAUCCAGCUAAGGAUGUCUCUUCUAGUGAAUCAUUUCUUAGGAUGGAAGAUCACAGAAGACAGACUGAAAUGCUGUUGAAAAGGUUUAAGAACUCUCAUUUCUUUGUCAGGAUUGCAGAGUCAGGUGAGCCUCUAUGGUCCAAAAAAGGUGCUUCUCAGACAGCUCCUGAGUCGUCUGAGUUGGAUACCCAUCGGGCUGUCGCAAAUGAAUCCAAAAACACUGCCAAGAAUAUAUCUAGACAACAUGCAGUUAUUGAUAGAGGAAAUUUUGAUGCCAAUGUUUCUGGUGGAGUAGCUAGAGAUGGUGUUAAGUGUUGCUCUCUUUCCAAUGGAGACAUAGUGGUACUUUUACAAGUGAAUGUUGGUGUUGAUUUUCUGAGAGAUCCUGUCAUUGAAAUUCUUCAGUUUGAGAAAUAUCAGGACAGAAAUCUGUCUUCUGAGAAUCAGGACAACUUUGUUUAUGCAAAUCAAGAUCCAUGUGGAGAACUGUUGAAAUGGUUGCUUCCUCUGGAUAAUACUCUUCCUCCCCCUCAUACUUUAUCUCCUCCACCACCUUUAGGUUCUGGUUCUGGAAUUAGUAGCACAUCUCAGAGGUCUGCCUUUUCUGCCUCCUCUGGCUCUCAGCUCUUUUCAUUUAGUCAUUUUAGAAGUUACUCCAUGUCAUCGCUUCCUCAAAAUGUUGCAACUCCUCCUGGACCUGUUAAAGCCCAAAGUUCUAAACCAUCAUUUGACCUUGAUGAGGUGGAUCAUUCCUCUUCUCAGAAGAAUUUCAAGAGUCAAAGAACAGGGACUGGUGAACUUUUAUCUUUUCGGGGUGUGUCACUAGAGCGAGAAAGAUUUUCUGUCUGUUGUGGAUUAGAAGGGAUCCAUAUCCCAGGAAGAAGAUGGAGGAGGAAACUUCAAAUAAUUCAACCUAUUGAGAUCCAUUCUAAUGCUGCUGACUGCAAUACAGACAACCUUCUUUGUGUUCAGAUAAAGAAUGUUUCUCCAGCACAUUUACCAGAUAUUGUAGUAUACAUAGAUGCUAUAACAGUUGUUUUGGAAGAGGCUUCUAAAGGUGGACCACCUGCUUCCCUACCAAUUGCAUGUAUUGAAGCUGGAGAAGACCAUAGUUUGCCAAAUCUAGCUCUCAGGAGGGGUGAAGAGCACUCUUUUAUUUUAAAACCUGCUUCUUCUAUGUGGAGGGACCUCAAGACUUAUGGAGAACAGUCUAAAUCAUCCAGUUUGCAACCCCCUUCCAAGACUUUCGAUAGAAAGGGGAGUGCUUCAAUUGUUAACCACUAUGCAGUUAUGGUAUCAUGCCGUUGCAACCACACUGAGUCAAGAUUGUUUUUCAAGCAGUCAACAAGUUGGAGACCGCGAAUUCCAAGGGAUCUCAUGAUCUCAGUUGCAUCCGAGAUGUCAGGACAGUAUUCUGGACCUAAUGAAGGAGUCACUCAGCUUCCAGUUCAGGUCUUAACUCUUCAGGCUUCAAAUCUGACACCUGAAGAUCUAACUAUGACAGUUCUUGCUCCAGCCUCCUUUACAUCACCUCCAUCUGUGGUAUCAUUGAAUUCGUCUCCGACAUCACCAAUGAGCCCAUUUGUUGGUUUUUCUGAGCUUGCAGGGAAAGCAAGUAGUGAGAGGUGCAGUAGUGCAGUGUACAGACUCAGCUCAAUGCCUACUAUAUCAGAGAAUCAGAAACAGAAUGGUGAUGCUGGGGCAAGGUUUACUUCUCUCGAUGAGCAUUUGACUUCAAUAGCUGAUUUCAUUCCAACUUCUGGUUUGGGAUGUUCUCAUCUCUGGCUGCAGAGUAGAGUACCACUAGGAUGUGUUCCUGCUCAAUCUACGGCUACCGUUAAGCUUGAGCUGCUUCCAUUGACUGAUGGCAUAAUCACUCUUGACACUUUACAUAUUGAUGUUAAGGAGAAAGGUCUUACAUAUAUCCCUGAGCACUCACUGAAGAUAAAUGCGACUUCUAGUGUUUCCACAGGGAUUAUUUAGGAUGGAUUGCAACUUGUGUUUCUUACUUCAUGUUAUCUUUAGCCAUCAAGGAUUUCAAAAUGUCAUUCAUUCUGUUAUCCAAUAUUGGGCUUCUGGUGCUGUAUCGUGCAGAAUCUUUGGUAGCAAGGUAGAUAUCUUCCUGUGUUGAGCAGAAAAGGAAUCGUCUUACUGAUUCGUCUGAAAAAUACGGCCACAAAUGAUUUCUUGUAAACUGCAGUCUUGAGAAUGGCAUUUGUUAUAUACCCCCUUUGAUGGGGAAAUAAAUGUUCUUUGUAGAUGAAUCUAGAGGUGUGAAACUGUAUCAGUUGCAAAGAAAUUACAAGACUUGUGUACUUUAUAGGUAAUCAGGCAACACAAACCUUGUUAGGAUUCAAAGACAGCCAUGUUACACUUCCAAUAUAGUGAAUUUGUACUCCUCUGAUACAAUGAUUGUUAUAACUCAUUGCCAUGGCAGCAACCCUAGUUCAUGAAUAGCUCAAAUGGCUCGAAGUUUGCUGGUCAAGAAGACCAGUACUGGUUGUGAUGCUGGUAUUUUUUACAA